AUUAAUUAAAGCCUUAACAAUUGCUAUUCAUAUUGCCAAAAAGAGUUUGCUAUGGUGUUUUUAAGCAUUCCCCUGAUGGUGCGCGCACGCGGCCCUGAUGAGUUCUGGCGCAAAAGGCGUAUUUUCAAACUCGCUGCGCAUUACCGAAGCCGCACUCGCAAUGUUUAUUCUUUUGCCAUACGCAGCGUUCAUCGUGCACUCGCAUACGCCACCAAGGGCCGCAAGCUCAAGAAACUGGACAUGGCUCAGCUGUGGACAAGCCGCGUUGAAGCCGGCUGCCAACAAUAUGGAGUCGCCUUGGACACAUUCAAGGAGGGCCUUGCACGCUCAGAUAUUUUGCUGAACAAAAAAAUGCUAUCAGAUUUGGCUAUUUGGGAGCCACGCUCGUUUGAGGCUUUGGUAAAUAUUUCCAGAGAACGGGCUGCUGUGGAGGGGUUGCCGGACAUUAAACGAAGGUCGGCCUUCAAUCAGGUCUACGGACUGAGUAAUCUGAAGCUCGAUUAGGUUAAGUGUUUACAUACAAAUAUAGUUUUAUAUAUUAACUGAA